CCAAUCAGCGUCACUGAUGUUGACCGAGUUUAGCGGGUCUUUAGCUUGACAACAUAGCUAAGUUUCCAAGCCGUGUGAUUAGGGGUAGCAAUUUUUCAUGGCGAUAAAAUAUUAUAUUUGGUGUUUGUUUUAUUAGUUAAUUAUACGAUACGCCAACAUUUUUCUGGAGUAAUUUAUUUCUCACUUGGUCAGUAAAUGUUAAAAUGCUAACUAGCUGGUAAUGCUAAUAUGAGCUAACCAACGGCAUAUCCAUUAUGUGCUGCUGGGAAGCGCUUUCUGUCUUUAUUUUCUCGUCUAGCAGCUCCUAAAUAACAGCAGAACCAUUCAGCACUUAGAUGGCGGUGGCUCCCGCCUCGAUGGCCGAUAAGAUCAUAAUCCUUGAUGACGACGACGACACUAAUGAGGAAGAGGAGAGACCCAAAGCUUCAUCUUCUGCUGCCACCAUCUCAUCCUCUAAGCAUCAGGCUAUAAAAGCGUCUCCAGCUACUAAUCAGCAGACGACCCACAUCAUCCACUCGCCUUUUGCCCCGACGAACAAGACCACAAAUGUUCUGCAGAUCGAGAACCAGAAGCUGUUCGAUGAGUUUGUGCAGCACUGCACGCCGCUCACCAAGGACUGCCCAGAGGUUCUGACCUUCCUGCAAACCAAACAUGCCAAGGCCUGCCCCGACUACCUUUGCUCCGUGGAGUUCAGGAACACGCUGGGACAAUGUCUGUCUCGCGCUCAGGACAACGUCUCCAAGACCUUCGUCUACAUCAACGAACUGUGCACCGUGCUCAAGCAGCACGCCCUGAAGAAACGGCAGCUCCUCACCAAGGCGGAGCCGCCUGCGUCCGAAUCAGGAUCCCGUCAGCAAACGCUCAAAGCCAACGAUAAGACGAGGGGGAAGACGAGCGAGGAGGAAGAUGAGGUGAAACCGGAGGAGGAGGAGGAAAAGCCUUCCGCUUCAGGAGAGCAGGAAGACGGCGGGGAGGAAAAUCCAGAAGCAGAGCGAAAAGCCAGGAGGGCGUUAAGGAAACAGAUUGCUUACCUGGAGAACCUGCUGAAGCUUUACAACGAUGAGAUCUGCCGUCUGCAGCAGGCCGAGCUCAGUCUGGACGACAUGGAGACCGAAGACUCGACUUACAUCCAGGAGCACAAACUCAAGCGGAAGAUGAUGAAGAUUUAUGAAAAGCUGUGUGAGCUGAAAGGCUGCAGCACGCUGACGGGCAGAGUGAUCGAGCAGAGGAUCAAGUACACGGGCACCCGCUACCCUGAGAUCAACAAGCGGAUCGAGCGCUUCAUCAACAGCCCCGAGGCGCACAGGAACCCGCCGGACUACCUGGACAUCCUGCACCAGGUGCUGCGGGCCAACGAGCGCCACAACCUGUGUCUGAGCAGGAAGCAGCUGAACCAGCUCGCCCAGGAGGCCUUCAGGGAGACGGGCAGCCGCAUGCAGGAGCGCCGCCACCUCGACCUGGUCUACAACUUCGGCUCGCGCCUCACCGACGCCUACAAGCCCGCAACAGACCCGGCGCUGGGUAACCCCUCCCUGAUGAAGAAGCUGCGCUCCAACAGGGAAGUGGCGUUGUCCCGCCUGGAGGAAGUCAUCAGUAAAUACGCCGUCAAGCAGGACGACACCGAGGAGAACGAGAGGCUCAAGAGAGUCGACAAAGAGAAUCAAAAAUCGGAAGAGGAAGCAAAGACGAAGCAGGUGAACGGAUUGGCUCCGAAGGCGGGGGAUGAGGAGGAAGAAGAUGAGGAUGAGGAGGAUGACGAAUCUUCAGACACAGACAUAGAGAAGGAGAUCGAGGCCAGCACUCAGCAGGACGGCGCAGAUGAUGACGAUGAAGACGACAACGAGGAAGACAAAGAUAACGAGGCGGAGGAGACGUGCGACGACGGUGAAAACAAGGAGGAUCAGACGUACGAUCAGACCGGCAGCGUUUCUACGAGCAGCGAGCAAAACCUGAAGGACGAAGACGACGGCGUCUCCGACGACACCCAGGUGUCCCCCAUGUCCGACGUCCCCUCCCCCAGAGACAGCCCCAGCCAAUCAGAGUCCAUGCAGACCGACGAGCAGCAGCCGUCGCCCAAUUGGAGCCCAGCAGCUUCCCAUCAGCCCGUGGACGCGUCCAAUCAGCAGCCGGGGGAUCCUGCGGCGGACGGCCGGGUCGUUAAAGACGCCUCAGAGGUCCCGUCAUCACCGGCCACCACCAACGGGAAUCCUUCAGCCUCAGGAGAGCGGCACACAGAUGACCAACGGUACGUCUCCGCCCCCCAGCCCCAGAUUCACCAGGAGCCAGAAGAGGAAGAGGGAGGAAACUGCGUCGCCCGACUCCAAGAGCGUCAAACAGAAGAUCAGCUACGACAGCAGCGAUGCAGAUAUCCCUCUGGACAUGGGUGUCAUCUGCUGCGGUUCUCCUCAGACGGAGGAAUACUCGGUUCUCUGCACGCCGACCAAGGACCCGAACACGAGACUACAGUCGACGCCGCCACCCAAGAAAAACAAGGUUAACGUAGCGACUCAGUGUGACCCGGACGAGAUCAUCGUCCUGUCGGACUCCGAGUGAAACCAGGAACAACUUUGCAGGAACAACUUCAGGAAAUGUGUCCAGGUAAUUUCUGCUGACCCAGCAGGAGAACCGGAACGGGCCGAUAAACGCCAAGGAACCGCUGGUUCUGUUCGCCAUUUGUAAUUAGAACCGAACACCCGCUGUGAUCCGGUUCGACGGGACGAACUGGACGCUAACGGGAAUCAUCAGGGUGCAGUGUCUACUUCCCACCAGCAGGGAGGCGCUCUCUAACAGACGGAGGAAGAACAGCUGGUUCUCCGGACCUCCGGCUGGUGCUUGUGUUGUUAGAACCUCAGAUUUCAGCUUCUGGAGGCAGGAACCCGAUGGCGGCGCUGAUGAUCUGAACAGAGGAACACGUUGAGCUUUUUCCUCCUUGUCGGGGUUCGGCUCACAGAAACCAUCGUCUGUUUACAUUUUUUACGUAAACUCUAAUUUUCUUUCACUAAUAGCAGAGAGGUUUGGGUUAAAGUGUUCUGGUGAUCAUGUUUUCCUGUUUGUCCUGUUGGCGGUGGGAGGGGGGGGGUUGUGACACGCAGCAGAAACACGUUAAACUAAUUUUUUACUGACCUCUGGACACAAAUUUAAAGUUUUGAGAUAAAAAAAAGUUAGCAUUUAUUUAAGUUAGCGUCCCACAAGUUUUUUUUUUUCUUGUCAACAAACGCAUAAACGACCAGAACAGACAAACAUCUCAGUUUUUUUCCCUCUGAUUCUUCAUGCUUUGACGUCCAUCUGUGGGUUCCUGCUUUAAAAAGGCACAUAAAAGUGUUUUUAUUGAUCAGAUUCUAAUAAAGCAUAAGAUCAGUCAAAGAAGUGCAUUAAUUAGGAGAAUAAAAGUUAUGAAUACCUGCAGUUAUGAAGGAAUAACCCCAAACAGAAUCUCUUUGGCCUCUUUUUAUGUCAUACCUGCUCAGGAACAAGCAGCCAACACUGCCCCCUGCUGUUAAAACCCUGCAACUGGACGUAUUUACUUUAAAAAAGCAGAAAUGACCCCGAUAAGGAUUUUUCUUCAUGCUAAAUCUAUAAUAUUCCCCUAAAAUCUAGUUGGCUGCUGUAAGAAAGCACAUGCAAGAGGAUCCUGUAGCCAAGUCCACUUUAUAAAUUAGUUGAAUUAGAAGAUGUAGAAGACAAAGCGUGUUAAUCCACGUCAGAAAGUAGACCCCGGCGCCUCGCCUCUAAUUGCCGACAGCUCCUGCAGCCGUUAUCCGUAUAAUAAUCCGUCUUGUUUCCAGUCAGAGCAGUUUGAAAACGUUGACGCUGUUUUUUCUCAGAUGACAUUAAAAGAGCGAUCACCUUCAUUUUCCGAAGGAUGAAAUAUCCCAUUUGUUUCUCUGGCAUCCAGUUUCGCUUUAGUCUUUAUGUUUCUAGGUUUUAAUUCUGCUCCCUUCAGAUGAAAGAACGGGACUUUUUGAUAUAUUUUUUUUUACAUCCCUACAAAAAUAUUUUGGGAAUUGUUUCCGCAGAAUCCGUCAGUUUUGCGUUCAGCGUUUUCAGGAACCGAUGAUUGAAAGUUUAUUUUUCUUGGAUCUGCUGUAGUCGCUGUAAAGUUAGGAGUUUGUGUGUCUGAGCUCUGAUGUGAUGAUUUGUCUGUUCUCAGCUGUUUUAUUUCUCUACAGCUUGUUUUUUUUCCCCCCCACUGUGUAAAACCUUUAAUAGAUUUCUGCACUACGGGUGAAUUUCUGUGUUUUUUAUGGUGGCAAAAGCUCUUCUCACAGUGUAGAGCUAGAGAUGUGGAUCUCUGCCACAGACCGCCUCCUUAUCCUGAGUUUUUCUUUGCUCACUGUGAAAUUUUCUCUUAUUUUUAUUUUGAUAUGAAAAUAAAUUACCAAAAAAUAC